AUGUUGUAGGAAAUCCACCGCUGCUCCUCACUCACUGUCAGAUUAGAGUUUAAUCCGAGGGGGAGGAUACACUGUCACCUCGUUCUGCAUCUUGGAAGGACUCUCGGUGUCUGCAUACUAACUAAACGCAAUAUUACGUGAGACUGUAUUUUGUUCUACAACAAACGGCCUGUACAUAGAAGAUGAAACACCAGUUUUCUGUUGCGGUCUUUGCCUGCCUGACGUCUUGCAAAUACGUGGAAAUGUUAGCUGGCUAACUAGCUGAAAAAGAGUAACGUUAACUAAAUCGGAUUAACGUUCGCUGAUAACGGCAGACACCGUCUAGGUAAUAUCCAGGUAUCAUGUGUUGUACUUGGUAACUAGCUACACAGCGAACGGUCGCCUUUGUUAAUUUUUUUGAAUGUUUAUUACCUUCCUCCAUUUUUGUCAACAUUACUUCUUUGUGCUGUAAUUAUUCGCUAGCAUUAAUGUUGCAAGCUAGCUAGGUUAAUAGCCAGUCAAACAAACCGCAACAAGAACCGGAGCUCUUUCGCUGGCUAAUCGUCACUGUUUGUUGGAAAGAGCAGACAUAAAAUUACCUCCGACCACAACCGAAAGUCAAGACGGAGCUGACGACCAAGCUGAUGUGCUAGCUUGUCGUUUGGCCAGCUGGCAAAGGGGGCUGCACAAGAUUUUAUUCCCGAAGUUAGCCUUCAGACGAAGCAAAGAUGUCAGGAAAGGAUAAAAACAAAGACAAACAAGAGAAACAGUCCACAACGGAGCGGCUGAUAAAAGCUGUGCCAUACCCUCCACAACAUAAGCUGACUGUGAAAGAAAUAUAUGAAGAUGGCAAGCCCAAUGCUGAGCUGCUCCGCAACCACCUGGUCAAAGAGGGCAGGGUGGAAGAGGACGUGGCUCUAAAGAUCAUCAAUGAUGGGGCUAACAUCCUUCGCCAAGAGAAGUGCAUGCUGGAAGUGGAGGCGCCUAUAACAGUAUGUGGGGAUGUCCAUGGACAAUUCUUUGACCUUAUGAAGUUGUUUGAAGUGGGGGGAUCACCCAGUAACACACGGUAUCUCUUCCUCGGUGACUACGUAGAUCGAGGAUACUUCAGUAUUGAGUGUGUUCUCUACCUCUGGUCGCUCAAGAUCAACCACCCCACCACACUCUUCCUCCUGCGUGGGAACCACGAGUGCCGACACCUCACAGAGUACUUCACCUUCAAACAGGAAUGUAAAAUUAAAUACUCUGAACGGGUGUAUGACGCCUGUAUGGAGGCCUUUGACUGCCUGCCUCUUGCUGCCCUGCUCAACCAACAGUUCCUAUGUGUACAUGGCGGACUCUCACCAGAAAUUAACUGCCUAGAUGACAUUAGGAAGUUAGACAGGUUUAAAGAGCCUCCAGCAUUUGGUCCAAUGUGUGAUCUGAUUUGGGCUGACCCCGGUGAGGACUAUGGCAGUGAAAAGACAUCUGAACACUUCAACCAUAACUCCGUCAGAGGCUGCUCAUACUUUUUCAGUUACUCAGCAGUUUGUGACUUUUUGGUAAAUAAUAACUUGCUGUCAGUAAUAAGAGCCCAUGAAGCACAGGAUGCAGGGUAUCGUAUGUACAGAAAAAGCCAGACCACAGGCUUCCCUUCAUUAAUCACAAUCUUUUCAGCUCCAAAUUACCUAGAUGUCUACAACAACAAAGCUGCUGUAUUAAAAUAUGAGAACAACGUGAUGAACAUCCGACAAUUCAAUUGUUCCCCCCACCCUUACUGGUUGCCCAAUUUUAUGGAUGUCUUCACAUGGUCUUUACCGUUUGUUGGAGAGAAAGUAACGGAGAUGCUGGUGAACGUCCUGAACAUUUGCUCUGAUGAUGAGCUCAUGUCAGAGGGAGAUGACUUAUAUGAAGGUGGAACCUCAGCGAUGCGUAAGGAGGUCAUCCGAAACAAGAUUCGUGCUGUGGGGAAAAUGGCCCGAGUCUUCUCAGUCCUCAGGGAGGAAAGCGAGAAUGUGUUAACACUCAAAGGCCUCACCCCAACUGGAACUCUUCCUGUGGGAGUGUUGUCAGGGGGAAAGCAGACCUUACAGACUGCAACGAUUGAGGCAGCUAAAGCACAAGCCAUUCAAGGCUUCUCUCCCACGAGGAAGAUUCGUAACUUUGAGGAGGCCCGCGGCCUGGACAGGAUAAACGAGAGGAUGCCGCCACGCAAAGAUAACCAGCUGCCAGAUGGAACCACGAUCAACACCCCCACCUCCAACAAGAACGGCACUGAUGGAUAAGCAACAGGAACACCGCUCGCCCAUCUUCACACAACCAACACCCCCAUGACUCAUAGCCCCUAACCACUCUCUCUCUUUCUGUCUCUCUCCCUCUGUCACCUCUACUGAAACUGCAUGUCCAUCUUCUGCUCCCCCGCAGUCGGGCGGGGAAAGGAAGCGGACACAACGGUAGAUAAAAAAACAAACAAAAGGAGGCAACAGCGCUGGGAAAACACUUUCAGCUUCUGAAAAAACAUGUCCGUUAUCUGGAGAAAAAAAUAUUUAUUUAGGAUUAAAUAUAUUAGAUAUAUUGUUUAUUAGCAACAAAUCAUUCAAUUAAGACAUUUUGCAAGUGUUCAAGUGUAUACUGUACACUGAAGUCCUAACUUAUACAGGUCAAAAUUAUAAAAAAAUAAUUGAGUUGAUACCAAUAGAUGAAGCCUUUGUUAUCCAGGAGUUUUAGUCACUUUACUUUUUUUUUAUUGUUCUCCAUGUGUUUGGUAAGGGAAAAUUCGAAGUACAGAUACUAUAGCCUCAACAUUCUCGUUUGGGUCAUGCAUUCAUGCAUCUUGCAUUUUUGGCACUACAUAUGUACUUUUGCUUUCAUGUGUGUCAGUUGAAAGAUAAAUGAUGUAUGUAUUGAGAGGUGAAAGAAAGAAGAAGGGAAGCAAAUUAUAUUGGAACAAUUAUUACAAAUUAAUAUUUUGUACUUGAAGCAGAAAUUAAAUACAGAUUUAUAGUCUUAUUUAUACAUUUUGAUGAUCCCUCCCCAAAGAUGCUGAAUGGAUUUUGUUCAGUAUUUUGUUCACUUCCAGAGUAUGAACAAUUUUCUUCUUGUGUUAUAAUUUGUGAGUGUAAAUAUUCACAAAUCCUUUAACAAAUUUAGGGGUUUAUGCUUUGUGUGCAAUGAUGGUUGCUGUUCUGUGCUGGUUAUGACUUGUAUUCACAUAAUGGCAAAUAGGAUGUUCUCGCUCCACUAAACCAAAUAAGGGAUAUACAGUACAGCAUGUCUUAUUCUAUCACCACGAGCAAGCCUGCCAAUACUCCCACAUCGCGCUUGGAAGCACCUCUUCUUCUGAAGCGCUGAAGUUAAGCCGCCUCUCUGGGAUUGAGCACGGUGCAUGAAGAUUAAAGCACGAGAAACCAACU